CCCGCGCGCACCAGUGAAUGGGAAGAUGGAGAUGGAUGUUGCGGGAGUUUCUCCGCGCCCGGAGCCCAUCCCCCGCUCCCAGGGGGCUGGCGGAGCCUGCCAGGCGCCGCCACCGCCGCCCCAGCCCCAGCCGCAGCCCCAGCCCCAGCCCCAGCAGCAGCAGCAGCAGCAGCAGCAGCAGCAGCAGCAGCAGCAGCAGCAGCAGCAGCAGCAGCAGCAGCAGCAGCUGGCUCAGGAUGAACUGCCCGACCCGAGUGCAGGCGCUGAGGACAGCGACGAUCCGGAGGCGAGACCCAACGGCGAGAAAGGAGAGAGCAAGAGAUCUUCAGCAAGCAAGUCUUCAAGUACUCCUUCCUACAGCAGAUGGUCCGGUUCACAGCCCCAUCAGUCUAGCUCCACAGUGAGAGCCUAUCAGACCAGUAAGUCACGAGUGACCAUGAGCCCUGGAUUCAGCUCCCAUUGGAACAGCAGCCAACCAGCCUGGAAUACAUACUCCUUUCCAAGAGCAAGCUUGCACUACCAGUCGCAUGCCAGCUACACCUACUGUACUGGACAUCCUGCUAAUUGUAUACCCCAACUAUCAUUAAUUGUAGACAUUUAA